AUGAAGAAUCUCUCAGUAAGAGGUGCUAGAUACGUUCUUAUCUACGAUAACGCGGACCAGCCCCUCUUCGAGUUCGAUAAUAAGUUUGACGGAAUACUUGGCGCCGGCUCAGUCACUGCAGAAGUUGGACAAGAGCUGAUUCAUGCUCUGGCUAUGGGAUCCAAUCUCACAAUGAGAAUGGACUCAGACUUCCAGAACCUACCGUUCAUCAAGGUGAGCGGAAAUCCCCGCCCCCCGGGUCAAGUCGACGCCCGAGGUUCAUGGGGCCCUACUGGUUUGGGAGACAACUUACCCUCUCUUUUGGCUCCUGGGCAGAGCAUAUGGUCAACCUUACCGCGAAGCUGGGGUGGCUAUGGUACUUUGUCCGGCACGUCUAUGGCAGCACCAUAUAUUGCCGGUUGUGCAGCUCUCGUUAAGGAAGUUCAUCCCGACUUCAGCUCCUCUGAGAUCAUGACGUUGCUGACCAGCACGGCACGACCGCUGAAUUUUAAUGAUGGGACGAAUAAGACAUACGAAUUUCUAGCUCCCGUCGUACAACAGGGCAAUGGUGUCGUCAAUGCCCUUGGGGCGCUUAGAACCACGACGACGCUCUCUACCUCUCAUCUGGCUUGGAACGACACCGAGUUUUUUACUGGAAGUGUAUCCUUUGAGGUGCAAAACAACGGAAAUGAGUCGAUUGCGUACUCACUUUCUCACAAGCCAGCUGUUACCUUCCUUGCACUAUCCCCUAAUCUCCAGAGCAUUACGCCGUGGACUAGGGAUAACUCCUCUGCGUUGGCUUCCGAGGAAUUUCUGCAGAAUUUGCUGGCGGAAAGAUACGCAAACAUCACAAUAUCACCUCAAUCCUUGCGAAUCGAACCAGGUAGGUCAGCUUUGGUUCAGGUGACGGCUGAUAUCAAGGGUCUGGACGAUCUAAGCUCCCGCUGUCCCCUCUACAGCGGGUUCAUCCACGUGGACGACGGCGGAAGUGGAGCGGGACUCACUGUCUCGUACAUGGGGAUCGGAUGCUCAAUGCGUCAAAUAUCCGUCAUGCCUCAGGAGUGGAACCGAACGUUCGUCACCGCGGCCACUACGAAACAAGCCAUAGGCGAGUCUUAUGAUGCCGUGCCCGUCUCGCCAAACACGACAUUCCAGCUCCAGGGCCAUCAGACACCAAUGAUGUACGAGAACUCUUCGACCUUUCUUCCGACAUUAAAUGUGGAACUCGCUAUGUACAGUCGGGCAUUUUCCGUAGAGGUCCUUCCAGCCGCAGCUUCGGAGGAAGAAGGUAUCUCAGUCUUUUCACUGGACAAGACUGCUCAAUCUGGAGGCUUUAGCCGCUCGACCACGAAUUUUUUUGGGUGGAGUGGGCAGCUGUCGAAUGGCUCUUGGGCUGAUGAGGGGAUGUACAAGUUCAAAAUAUGUGCUUUGAGAGCCUGGGAACAACGUAUACAGGACCCUGAUGCUCGGAAAGAUUGCGUUGUUACGAACUCAUUUGGUAUACACUAUGGAGGGUUGGGGGGUUAA